GCCGCUCGGCUCGCCCCGGGCUCACGUCCCGAUCCCGGCUUGAGUGGCCCGGGGUGGGUGACCUGAAGUUGUAGCCUCGCUGCUCUCGAGGCGGAUAAUUAGCCCAAGAAACACUAUAUUCAUGCUUAGGUGGAGAAAAGCAGGGCUAGAAUUGGAAUCCAAAGCCCAGGAUGGCAGGAGAGGAUGUGGGGGCUCCACCCGAUCACCUCUGGGUUCACCAAGAGGGUAUCUACCGCGACGAACACCAGCGCACGUGGGUGGCCGUCCUGGAAGAGGAGACGAGUUUCCUAAGGGCACGAGUUCAGCAAGUUCAGGUUCCUUUAGGUGACGCAGCCAGGCCAAGUCACCUUCUCACCUCCCAGCUACCUCUCAUGUGGCAACUCUACCCCGAGGAGCGCUACAUGGAUAACAACUCUCGCUUGUGGCAGAUCCAGCAUCAUUUAAUGGUCAGGGGAGUACAGGAGCUGUUGCUUAAGCUUUUGCCUGAUGAUUAAUCUGGUGCUGGGAUUCUAGGAAGAUAUGCCCCUCUGUUCUGUUCAGUAUAUGGCAAUCACGUCAUCCACCACUGCAGUGCACCCACCUGUGGGCCUGGGGGGAGGGAGUGGGUUGAAAAACUGCUCAAGAACACAG